CCGUCCUCCCCUGCUCCCCGGCCGCGCCCGCAGCGACUCCGAGAGCCUUCCUCCCUUCCGCACGCGCUUCGCUUCCCUGGGAAUUGAAAAUAACUGAAUGAUUUGAAUCUGAAUGAUUGUGGGAUCAGUGACUGUUUGAGAUACCAAGCUCAUGAAGGAAAACUACAUGUGAAACGUGUGUCAGCAGCAUGAUUCUGGAAGCGAGGAUAAGGACAGAACCUCAUCCGCAAAAUGAAGCCUUUUUUGGACCGAGAACGCUCUAGAAAUCCAACUCGGGUUUCAGUGUCCAAUCCUACAGAGCUUCUGAGUAAAUUUUGGAUGAAGCCAUCAAAUUAAUUAUUUGCCAUCAUGAGCAGAAGCAAGCGUGACAGUAAUUUCUAUAGUGUUGAGAUUGGAGAUUCUACAUUUACUGUACUGAAACGGUAUCAGAAUUUAAAACCUAUAGGCUCAGGGGCCCAGGGAAUAGUGUGUGCAGCUUAUGAUGCCAUUCUUGAAAGAAAUGUUGCAAUCAAGAAGUUAAGCCGACCAUUUCAGAAUCAGACUCAUGCCAAGCGUGCUUAUAGAGAGCUUGUUCUUAUGAAAUGUGUUAAUCACAAAAAUAUAAUUGGCCUCUUGAAUGUGUUCACACCACAGAAGUCCCUAGAAGAAUUUCAGGAUGUUUACAUAGUCAUGGAGCUCAUGGAUGCAAAUCUUUGCCAAGUGAUUCAAAUGGAACUAGACCAUGAACGAAUGUCCUACCUUCUGUAUCAGAUGCUGUGUGGAAUCAAGCACCUUCAUUCUGCUGGAAUUAUACAUCGAGACUUAAAGCCCAGUAAUAUAGUAGUAAAAUCAGACUGCACUUUGAAGAUUCUUGACUUUGGACUGGCCAGAACUGCAGGAACUAGUUUUAUGAUGACACCUUAUGUAGUGACUCGUUACUACAGAGCACCCGAGGUCAUCCUAGGGAUGGGCUACAAAGAAAACGUUGACAUUUGGUCAGUUGGGUGCAUCAUGGGAGAAAUGAUCAAAGGUGGUGUUUUGUUCCCAGGUACAGAUCAUAUUGAUCAGUGGAAUAAAGUUAUUGAGCAACUUGGAACACCAUGCCCUGAGUUCAUGAAGAAAUUACAACCAACAGUAAGGACUUACGUGGAGAACAGACCUAAAUAUGCUGGCUAUAGCUUUGAGAAGCUCUUCCCAGAUGUACUUUUCCCAGCUGAUUCAGAGCACAACAAACUUAAAGCUAGUCAGGCAAGGGAUUUGUUGUCAAAAAUGCUGGUUAUAGAUGCAUCUAAAAGAAUCUCUGUGGAUGAAGCUCUCCAGCACCCAUAUAUCAAUGUCUGGUAUGAUCCUUCAGAAGCAGAAGCGCCUCCACCAAAGAUACCUGACAAGCAGUUAGAUGAAAGAGAGCACACAAUAGAAGAGUGGAAAGAAUUGAUAUACAAGGAAGUUAUGGACUUGGAGGAGAGAACUAAGAAUGGAGUUAUACGGGGUCAGCCAGCUCCUUUAGGUGCAGCAGUGAUUAGUGGCUCUCAACAUCCAUCUUCAUCGUCGUCUGUCAAUGAUGUGUCUUCCAUGUCAACAGAUCCAACAUUGGCCUCUGAUACAGACAGCAGUCUAGAAACAUCAGCUGGACCUCUGGGCUGCUGUAGAUGACUAUUUGGU